AUGGCUCUGCUGGCCUUUUGAAGGUGCAGCUUUUGGAGUUUGUGUAGGCGGGGGGGUGUGGGAGGCGUGGAGGCUGGUCCUGUGCCAGCGACUUAGAGGAGGAGAUAAGAUGUUACAAAUUGGUUGCAAUUCCUGCUGGUCCUGUAAAGCGGAGGACUGAUGGCAAAGAGCACUGUAACUAAACGUUUGUACAUUGUACGUUUUUCCCAAUGUCCACCUGGUCUACUUCCGGUCUUCUGUCCUCAACCAGAGUGUGACAAACGCUGCUAAAAUGUGGUGAUGGCGUUUGGCAUUUCCUCUUUGUUGCUCUUCAAUGGCAUCACUGAGGAGUCGCUGCCAAUUGCUUUCCCCCUGACAUUUUUCUGACAUUUUACCGUCUGGCCGGCCCACAGGAUGGCACAAGCUGUCCCAUCUGCAGCGUCUCAAGGGGGUCCCACCACCAUUUCAGCCCACGCAGCCCUCGCACACCAGGAGAGGUACAGGAUGUCCAAUCUUUGCUCUAAGUGCUAACCUUUUUGCUUUUUUGGAUUAAUUACAUGAAUGGACAUCUGCUGGUCCUGUACUGACAGCCUUUCUGUUUUUCUCUUCAUAGGACAUUUCACACAGCCGCAAGCAGAAAAAAUGAUCAAAGUCAAAGAGCUAAAUCACUUCAGGCUCAGGUUUGCUUACCAAAAUGAUCCCGAAUGAAUGAUUUGGGAUCUAAGAUAACCAUUAAUAAGCAUGCCAGAUGUUAGAACUCGUCAGAGAUGGGCAAACACUGGGUCCAAAUUAAUAGCCCGCAGGGCCGGUAUGUACAUUAUAUGAACAUUUCUGGGGGGCAUAAUAGAUGAAAAUAUGAGCUGGAAAUCUCGCCUUUAAAAUAUACAACAUAAAGUGGCGAGAAAGCCAUCAAUAUUGAAGAAAGCAAUAUUUGUCCUUGACCAAAAAUCACUCCAUACUCUCUAGUGUUACCAUAUCUGACUUACAGUGUGGAGAUAUGGGGAAAUAAUUCUAAAAACACACUCCGCUCACUAACAAUGCCACAAAAAAGGGCAGUUAGGAUCAUCCAUAAUGCUGCUCAUAGAGAACAUACAAACGCUUCAUUUUAAAAUCACAAAUGUGAGCGUUUGCUGAUCUAGUAAAUGUUCAAACCACUAAAAUUAAAAACAAUAACCUGCUACCCAAAAGUGUUGGGCAAUUCUUCUCAACAAGAGAGGAGAAAUAGGACCCCAUGGAAAAAUGAUACUUAAAACACACGAGAGCAACGCUAAAAAACGCCAGCGAUUUCAAGGAACAAUACAAGCAGUUCAUUAGUUCCUCAGUAACUAGUCUAAAUGUAUGUGCCUUAGUUCCUCAGCAACUACACUACUCAUUAGUUCCUCAUUAGCUCUUCAUUAGUUCCUCAGUAACUAGUCUAAAUGUAUGUGCCUUAGUUCCUCAGCAACUACACUACUCAUUAGUUCCUCAUUAGCUCUUCAUUAGUUCCUCAGUAACUAGUCUAAAUUUAUGUGCCUUAGUUCCUCAGCAACUACUCUACUCAUUAGUUCCUCAUUAGCUCUUCAUUAGUUCCUCAGUAACUAGUCUAAAUUGAUGUGCCUUAGUCAUUAGUUCCUCAUUAGUUCCUCAGUAACUACUGUAUUUUUAAAGUGUGACCAUUGCAAUUAGGAAUGUCCGAUGCACAUUUUUUAACAUCUGAUCCAAUCCGGUACCGAUCCUAUUUUUAAAAUUUUUUUAUUAAUAAGCUUUUGUUACAAACAUGAAUUUGUGGAAAUGAAUAUGGUUAUGAAAAUAGCUCUUCAAAGCAUUAGAAAUAAUGCAACCAAGGGCUUUUUUGUUACACAGUAUGAUCAACAAUAUUGUUGGACUUUUGUAGCAAACCUUUGUGAGUCAGUUCCCGAAUCCAACCAAAGAUACAUCCAAUAAAAAAAGUCCAUUCAAUAAAGGAUAAAAUUGGAAAGAAUGGGCAAUGCAAAAUACUUUCUUUUUUUUUGUCUAAUCAUUUGACAUGGUUAUGAUUUUGAAUAUAUGACAUUUUUUAACAAACUCUCUUCAGCGCAAUAGUAAUUUAUUGAUGGUCCCUAGUAAAAACAACCAGCGGUUAGAGCAGCACUUCCCGUGCGAGCGGUGGCUGAGCCAGAAAUUUUUCAUUUUUCGGUGGCCAAGGUGAGACCAUUACUCACAUACUGUAGGGGUGGCAAUAAGUUGAUACCUGAGAUAUUGAUACCUAGAUGGCCAGUGGGUGGCCGGAGAGUGACCAAGGGUGGUCACGGCCACCUUACGAACGUGACACAGCGACCGGAUCGGCCCGAUCCUGUAGCGGAAGCCCAUAUUAUCCGGUCUCCAAAAUACAGCGGAUCGGCAGGUGAUCCCGAUCCUGAAGUUGGAAUCGGGACAACUCUAAUUGCAACUGAUGUGAAACUGAUGGGGGUUAGGAUUAAAUUAGCUUUGCUUCUUCCUACUCCUUUUGGACAUGUGGAACUGUGAAUUGUAUGAAGUUAAGUUGUAUUAACCAAUACCUAACAUAAACAUAAACAGAACCGCCAACUGUCUCUGACAUCACAAAACUGAUACCUGAGGCAAUACCAACGUUCAUCGGUGGACCUCUCGCAAACAUCGACAGGAGGAUGAACAAAUUGAACACAUGGCUGUCCAAAGUCAUGCGAGUGCAGAGGACUGCACUUCAUUGAGAAUUUCAAUCUCUUCUGGAGAAGAGAGGAUCCUUUAAAGGGAAAAGGCCCACACCUGAACAGAGGUGGAGUGAGACGACUGACGGGUAACCUCCUUCACGCUUUGGGGCAAAGGAGGUAGAAGGAAGUCUGGGCUUCCCUGCCUGGGUGGCGCGUUGAACUGUCAGAGGGGGCGUGAGCGGCAUGGAGGACUUUCAAUGUUAGUGCAGACCUGCCAACGCGUAUGAAUUUAUCGUACUCGCCAUGCAGUUUGACUCUUAAAUACGCUUGUGUGCUUCACUGCUCUCCAUUUUGUUGCGUUUCACCGGUUUCGGAUUUGAGUUCUGUCUGUACAGUGCAGAUAAAUAAAAAGAUAUCACUUUCUCAGUGGGCAGGGGGCGCUGGGGCGAAAACUGUUCUGUCCCCCAAUGGGGACAUGGCAGAAAAUAAUUGAGAACCGCUGAUUUAACUGAAGUCCGAUGCACUUUUAACUUGUAGUCUGCCAAGAACGUCGCGAUCUCACCAGCAUCGGUGUUUGUUAGCGACAUCUGACACGGAUGACCUUGCAAGGUUUGCAUUUUGUGGGGAAACUAUGCAGAAAAAAGAAAGCCAAAUGAAGAUGCUUUAAAACUAUGCGUGUGUGAAUUCUUUCGGAUCUCUGAGCUGUGAAAACACUUAAAUCCGUCAGUUUGGACCCGCUAGCAGUCCAGCAGAGCGUGUCAAGGUUCAUGCUGUCUUAUCAUAAACCCCAAAACAUCUUCUCCUCGGAGAAACCCUCACAGCUAUAAAACAUUUCCUUCAGCUUCCCGCUCUCUUAUUGCUCCCAGUGUGCAUGUGUGAUGUAUUAUUAAAUAAAGCAGGCAUGCGUUUAAUACACAACACUAUCAAAGUGCAUAUUUAAGAUUUGCUUCUUUAUCUCUCAUACCCCCGACAGUUUCCACUCGCCCGCAUUGGAUGGAGCGUAGCUGCAAUCAUUUGUGCAUUCCUUACGUAACACGUCCAAUGAUAGAGAAUCAAACACAAAGUCACACCUGAACAAGGAGUUAAACAGGCAGGAUUUGCAUUUGUGUUCAAUGAAUCUAGUGGUGCUCUGGGGAAGCUUUUAAGCUUAUUACAGCAGUGGAUCAUGGGAGGAAAAUUCAUCAGAUAAGCCUCUUAGGGCAUCCUUUAUUUUCUCCAAGCUCUGCAGCAAUAUUUGUUCAGUAAAGCAGAGAGGGACAGUUUCCCGCUUUGCAGAAAUCCUUCUGUGACCCAACUGCAAACACAAAUGUUAAAAUUCAACAGCAGUCGCAUAAAAACUCCACAACUGUCAAGAACACAGCCUUCCCUAUUUUAAACAAUUGAUAUUAUAAUUAGGACUGUCAAAUGAUUAAAAAUGUUUACCAGAUUAAUCACAGUUUUCCAAUUAAUUAUGAUGAAGAACCAUUUGCAACUGUGUCUGAAAUAUAAGCAUUUUAACUGUAUUUUAAUUACAAAAAAUAAAUAUUAUACACAUUUUUAUCAACAGCACCAAAUGAACUGAAAAUGUAAAGCUCAAAUUUUAACAUAGUUAACUAAAUUAGUUACCGUACCAUGAACGCAUUAUUUUGAGAAAAGCACUCCGAGAGCGCAGACCUCCGCCAAGCGCCAUAGUUCCCCCAUAUUGUGAUUUGCAUCAUAAAUAUUACUCCUACAUUUAUUUUAUUUACAUAUUUAGAUUGCUAAUGUUAGUAUGCUAGCAGUGCUAACAUGCUAAUGUUAGCAUGCUAACACCUAGCAUAAUAGUGGUGUGUGUUUAUAUAAGUGUCUAGCUAUGAAAAUGGCUAAAAAUGCUACUAUGCUACGUGUUAGCAUGCUAAGUGCUUAUACAUGUCUCGCUAUGAAAAUGGCUAAAAAUGUUACUAUACUAAUGUUAGCAUGCUAACACCUAGCAUGAUAGUGCUUAGUCUUUAUACAAGUGUCUACCUAUGAAAAUGGCUAAAAAUACUACAAUACGAUAGCGCAAUGUACCGGGAAGGUUUAAUGUCCCGAAUGAGUUGAGAAUUUUUACUUUGAAACUGUCUGAAUCGGUUGAGAAAUGUGAAAGUAGCUAGAACUCUUUAGAUCAAAGGCAUUUUGCGUUCUGAAAAAUGGGAAUGUCAAGAAAAGUGAGAAUUCCUGGUAUGUGACAAAUGGCAUAAAUGUCCUUAAUUAGUUGAAUGCUUUGAUGUUGGAAUGGUCUGAAUCGGUCGAGAAAUGCAGAAGUAGCUAGAGCUCUUAAGAUCAAAGGCAUUUUGUUUCCGGAAUAAAAAAUGUGGGACUUUUCAUGCUGUGUCUAAUAGCAUGAUUGUCUUGACUUUGUUGAAUGAGUUGAUGUUGGAAUGUCUUGAAUCGGUUGAGAAAUGUGGCAGUAGGAGCAGGUAUUAAUAAUUAGUUGGAGGGAACCCUGCUGAAAAAAUCAGCAUAGACCACCAUGGAAAUGAUGCUGGUCAGUGCUGGUCUAUGCCGGUUUGGUGCUGCUUUAGCUGGUGGUCAGUGCUGGUCUAUGCUGGUGGACCAUGCUGGUCCCAUGCUGGUAUGCUGGUCACCAGCAUACCAGCACGAAAACACAGCAUAUGAUAGUCAUGCUGGUCAUGCUGGUAGCUGAUCUUUGCUGUUUUUUCCAGCAUGGAAAAAGGUGAAUUUGGGGAAAAUUUUUAAUUUUGUAUCACACCCAAAAUUUCAUCAGUUUUUCCAUAUCCCGUUUCCGACAAUUCCUGAAAAUUUCAUCCAAAUCCAUUCAGAUCUUCUCAAGUUAUUUUGAACACAGACAAACAGAUACGCCGGCAAAACAUAACCUCGGCGCUGCGCGUGUCGGAGGUAAUAAAUAGAUACUGUGAUCCUUGUUGUAUAAUGUGGGCUUGUUGUAAAGUCUCAUGUAUACGAUGUUGUUGAACGGCUGUUCUUCUAAACAUGAGCUAGAUGAUGUCUAGAUAUACUGUAUGUCCAUCAGAACAUUGAUGAAAUGAAAGGUUUGUGUUAAGAGUUACAGAAUGAGCUUAAGAAGAAGUGUGUUCGCUGCUGCUAAAGACGUUUGCUUCAUCUCUUUACAAAAUAAACUCUUUCAAAAUGGCAUAAAACUAAUGAAAACUCUCCAUGAAUCACUACCUUCUUGUGCUGAUGGAAGGUUUACUUCCAGGACCUUCUCAGUGCCACCGAUACACCUUGUGUUUGAUGACAGGAACGUAGACAUUCCUGAGGUGAUGUAGUAAAAUAAAAGAUCCUGGUGGAUGAGUUGGGUGGCUGACGCGUCUCUUCAACAUCGCAUUGGAAGAAGAGUAGCUGGAGGAUCACACUCCUCAGCCUCAGUGCUGAAGAGAAAGGUACGUGUGAAGCUUCUGGGAUGAGACUCACCUCCAAAUACGAGGCCAUGGUUCUCAGUUGGAAAGGAUGGACUGCGCCCUUUGGGUUGCGAGUGGUGUCUUUCCCCAGGUGGAGGAGUUCAAGUAUCUUGGGGUCUUGUUCAGGAGUGAGGGAAGGUUAGAGCGUGAGAUCGACAGGCGAAUCGGCGCAGUGUCGGCAGUAAUGCGGUCGCUACCAGACCGUCGUGGUGAACAGGAACGCAAAGCCCUCAUUCUACUGACUGAUCAACAUUCCUACCUUCACCUAUGGUCAUGAGCGUUGAGUGGUGAUUGAAAGAGCAUCGAGAGGAACAUGUGGUCCAGAUUCCUUCCGGAUAUGCCCAGCUGGGAGGAGACCCUGGGGCAGACCUAGGAUACGCUGGAGGUGUUAUGUCUCAUAGCUGUCCUGGAAACGCCUCAGUGUCCCCCCAGUGGAGGUGGAGGAGGUGGACGGAAACUGCUGACCCCACAACCCGGUCCUGGAUGAAAAUGGACGGAUGUCCAAUGGAAGUUCCAUUUUUGAUGUGUUUUUCCUUUUUCCUUGGCUUUUUGAGGCCUUUGCGGGUCAUUCUUCUGAAAGAAGAAUCAGUGUCAACAAGGGGUGUUCAGAGAAUGAGAAUAUGAGAAGAGACACAGAUUAUAGACCAGAAGUGACAUGAAGUAAGCAGGUUCACUCAUGAUUUCCAUUCCCAUCAUUUCCCAUCAGAAAUAGCAACAAAACUCAACAGUAUUUUCAUUGUCUCAAUGCAAAAUGAAAGAAAAGCCAUUAUGAUGAAUGUUUUAGAGGCAAAGCUAUUGCAGUACAUGUAAGAUGACUACCAAUACGUGAAAUGAAACCCAAAGACACACAAGUCAUUUCUCCUGAACUCUAACUUCUUUUUUGAGCUGGAUGACUUCUUCUCUCUCUUUUCGGGAUUUGGAGUGUUUACAUGCCUUUACUUACCCCCUGCUGCUUUUUUUGCCAUCUCAGUGUGAGUCCACAGGCUGGCAUGAAGCAGACGCAGCAUGCAUCUCACCCCCCCCAAAGAGAGCUAGCGCUCCUUUCGUACUCUUUCUAUGGGUGAUCUCUGCUGACCUUCACGUCCUGUCUGCGCCAUGGCUGCCUGGAGACGGACAACAAGCAGCAAGAAGACACUCUGACAAGUCCACAAAGAUAUGUCCAAGUGUGUGAGGAGCAUCCGAUGGCGUGCUACUACAUUGUGAUCAGUUCCACUCACCUGCGUGACGGACAGCUGAGGAGCAUCAAAGGAGUCUUCAGAGGACCAAUCGGAGCCAGUGGCCCAAAAAACACCGAGGAAGGAGACUCCAGCUUGUACUGCGAGCUGUGCGACAAACAAUAUGUGCGACACCAACAGUACGACAACCACAUCAACUCCUACGACCACCACCACAAGCAGCGGCUGAAGGAGCUGAAGCAGAGGGAGUUUUACCGAGCGCUGGCCUGCAGGAGACAGAGGAGGCGCAGGGAGGAGAGGAAGGAGGCGAGGCUGCUGAGGAGGCUUCAUCAGCCGCAUGAGGAGAAACAAGAAGGCGGAUGCGCUCCGGGUUCUGGGCCCAUGUUCCGCUCCACCACCGUGGCAGUCGACCCGGCGAGUCAAAGCAAUCGGCACCUAAUAGAGAACUGGGCCGACAUCCAUCCGAGCAGCAGCACUCUGGGGACCAAACCCCAAACCUCGUUCAUCGUCCCUCUGGAUGCUGCCAUAGGAAGCAGACUCCUGAGCGACGCAAGGUGGCCGUACCAGCAGCUGGACGCGGCCACCGUUAGAUCUGGUGACAUCACGAGGAAAACCGCUAAUGACACUAAGUUCCCUUGGGCCUCCGGUUUCUUAAGCAACACGGUUGGACCCACUAACAUCCCGGACAUCGCUAACGGCUCCAAUGACAGCCUGGAGGGCAACAAAAGCUCCGUCCCCAGCAGAGGGCGCCCUGUGUGCUUCUCGCUGCCCAAGAGGAGUUGUGUGCUUCUGCACCAGUCGGCUGCCGUCUUCAUCCAAGCUGCACGGGGUUCAGGUGAGACGACGCAAGAAAGAGGCAAAGAAUGUGGUGAUGAUCUGGCCACAAAGGCGGAUCAGAAGAUGAAAGCCAAGCUCUCUUUGUGCAAUGACCCUGAGACUCGAGCACAGGUCCAUGCGGGGGGCGGGACUGGGUCCCAGGAGAGUGGAAGCCAACCAACAGAUGGCAAGGAACCUGGAACUGAAGGCAUUGGUGAAAGUGCUACAGAAGCCCAAGUUAUUGGUGGCGUUGGUGCUGGAGCUGAAGAUAGUGGUGAAAGUAGGACUGGAGCAUCUCUUCAUGUGACCAGUGGGGUACCAGAACCGCCUUCUGACAGCUGUGAUGGACAUCCUUCGGACACUGCCAGGCACCUCCACCAACUUCAACCCCAAGACUUUUGGAACUAUCAACAACAAUCCGCUUGCUCGCCUCCGGGUCGGCCCGAAGAACCAUUCUGUCCCGUAUUGAGCAGAGACGGAAGCCGCGUCCUCCUGUGGCCCUCGGAGAUGGUCAGCUACACCAAGACGUCGCCCUCGCUCUCCUACAGCGUCAACCCGCUGCUGUACGACUUCCGAGCCCACAGCAGGCCCAGAGGGGGCGGGGCUGAAGGGAAAGCGGGGGAGAGAAUAAAGCCAUCAGUGAUCAAACAAGCCGACUGCCAACAGAGGCGGGAAGACGCGGGGGGAGGCAGGGAGGUGAAGUUAGAUGAAAGCCAGGACGAGGAUGAAGGAGGACAGGCGGGAAAUCCUUUGGAAUAUGGAGGCCGAUGCAAAGGCGGUGGCACAGUUCCGGAUGGCGAUGAUAGCGCUUUAAAAUUCGCCUCCGCGGAUUGCCACUUCACGAAACUUGGGAAGAGGAGGAGGAGGAAGAGGAGAGGAGGGGUGAGGAGGGGGAUGAGGAGGAGGGGGAGGAGGAAAAGAGGAGAGGAGAUAAACAGUAAAAAGCGGGAAAGAGGGAGGCGGGGGAUAAUAAGGGGUCUCGGUGAGAAUCAGAUUGCCAGGCGUAAAAGAGAUGGCGCUGAAACAGAAGAGAAGCGAGAAAAGCGGCCAUUAAGUCGUCUUGGGCUGCUCGGAGGCCCCGAAAACAGGAUGAGGGGGGAGGAGAGACGGAUGAGAGGAGAUGAGGCCGAGGGCGAGGCGGCAGACAGAGCGGAGCUAUUAAGCCAUCUUCCCGUGAAUCGGUGUAAUCGCUGGAAGCAGCUGAGCGAUGUGCAGGUGAACACGGGGGCCGGCCUACAUCAAUCCCAGCAAUCAGCCUGCGGGUGGGGUCCCGGGCUCACAAAGCUCCUCUGCGGGGGUGCAGCAUGUAACACCGCGAUUAGUCCCAUUCCCGGCUCUGCUGCACAGACGCCAUGCUGCUCCGCAAUUACGGCCGAUGCGGAGACGGGGCGCAAACAUCAAGCGGGAGAUGAGGAAGGGCGGGAAGAUGAGGAGCGCUGGAUUCUGAGGGAGGUAAGAGCUCAGGAAUCAAGCAUGUGCGAGGCGGCGAUCGACGGCGUCUCAUCUCCCCGCCAAGCGUGCCAGCGCCAAAUCCAUCUUGCUCCUUCUCUGCGUGGGGAAACAGCAUGUGAUCCGGCGAUUAGCCCGGCCCCCCUUUCCUUUAGAGACACAGCGUGUGCUCAAAGACAAACGUUAGCGGCGGGACAUCAUCUCAUGUUUGAGCCGCGCUGCUCGCCACAAAAGACGGAAAACGAGGUGAGUGGCAGAUCAGGUCGCACAAACACACAAACCCUCGCUGGUGAGGCCACUCCACAGGAAGCGAGAGCGGCGGCCGGUGGCGGCAAGAGGAAGUUGACGGAGUGUGGCGAAGCAACGUCACGGAAGGAAGCCAAAAGAGGACAGAGACAAGCGCGAAGCAUCGCUGUAGUCGCUUUAGACUUCUCCUGUAACCCCGACACACAUGACAGCACACAGGCGGGUGAAGCCAGCAGCAAGGAGGCGGAGCCAAACCUCCUUUCACCUGACAGGACAAACCAAAGUCACCUUCAAACCCACCAAGAUGGCUGCGACCCUGGUCGGCUAAGUUCAAGUGGACCAGACCAUCACACCUGGGUCGCACCUCACGGGCGCCGUUGUGAAAAUGUUCAAAGCGUCGAUGACCAUGAACGCCACGCACCUGUUGACCCGCCCCCUGAUGACAUCACGUCGGCACUCAUGGACGAGCAUGGCGCAUGUGAAGGCAAACACGACCACAGCGUCGCGAGUCAGGGUGAUGCCAUCACGCCUCCUAGUGGCCACGAUGGCAGUCAGCGCUGCCAUGUGGGUGAGAAGGACACCACGGCGGCGGAUGUUGUCUCAAAGGAGAACAGGCAGACGAGGAGGAGGUCUCGUCUCCCCCAUAACUUACCCCCUGGCUGCCUCCCCCUCCAGGCUCCUCCUCUUCUCAUCCCGCCCUCCUCCUCAUCCUCGUUCUCCUUCCAUCACACCAUCAUCCAACACCACCUCUCCCUUCUGCCGCCACCUCUGCCCAUCCCCUCCUACCCGCAUCUGUUGCCACCCUUUGCCCCUUACCCCCUCAGCUUGAACCCUCCUCCUGGUCCUCCACCACCACCCAUUCCUCCAUCUUUCUAUGCCCCGCCACCCAUCCGUCUCCUGGAUGUGGCGGCUGCGUAUCCCCUGGCGGCGGAGUUUCAUCCCGUGGUGAAUCGCCAUCCUCCUUUGUUGGUCCCGCCCCACCCCGCAGCCCUGCCCCUGCAGGUGUUGUUCUGAGAGGGGGUGUUUGAACACAUCCAGGAAGACCAGAUGGGGCUCAGGAGGUAGAGCGGGCCGCCCAGCAACCAGAGGGUUCUCGGUUCGAAUCCCGCUCACAGCUGCUGUGUUGGGUUGGGUUAAAUGCAUAAAGGAAUUUCACUGUACGUUGUACACGUGACAGAAUAAAGAUCUUUCUUUCUUAAUUAUCUUCAUCAGUGGCUCCUAAUGAGUCUCAGGUGCUGUGCCAGUGGAGGGCGGCGGUGCUGAUGCACAGCUGUGCUGCUUUGCCUUCACACUUCAAUCAGUUUGCAAUUUAAAGCCGCACGUGUUGGACUUUUACAUUCAAACCUCUCUCAUGGGCUGAAAUGUUUGACGUUUGUGUAGAAGUCUUAUUAGUCCACCGCAAGCUUUGUUGGGGGUGUUUCUUAAGCAGGAGGUCACGUGACACAAUAAGUGUCUUGAUAUCAGGAUAUCAGGAAUUUAAUGGUAUCAAUGGAAGAAUCACAAUGGCUCCGCCCAUCUGUUCAUCCUCCUCCAUGAACGAGGAAGUAGUCUGCUAGCGAAAGUGAGAAGGUCAUGUCUGGUUGUCCACAGUUAAUAGUUGAGCCUUGGCGGAGGUCUCAUUUAUAAAUAUGUGGUAAUACACGUCAAAUUCAGAACAGAAGUUCAUAUACGAUCAUAAGUCAGAAGCGCCCAUGUAGCGCCAGCGUGACGGCCAGGCUCAAGGCCCGACCGUGACUCAGAUUCAUCUUUCAUGAUCAAGCAUUACCAGACAUUUUAUACUUUCAAACGCCUUUAAUAAGCGUGUGGGGCAUAUUUGGGGUUAGCUUGCUAGCUUUAGCACAAUGGCAAUGCAAGAGAGACGGGGUCACUUUUAUUGCAAAUGUUGGUUGCGGUUGGGGUUAAGGGUUGGGGGGAGCGAGCCAUGUGUCGAAAAUAGGCAUUUUUAUGGCCGUAUCAAUUACUCAUACAGUAUUUCGCCAUUCAGGUGUGGUCUUGGACGUAAAAGCGGGGGUCUACUGUACAUGAUGAUUAUACACGUAGCAUUGCAUUGCAUAACACAUCUAAUGGUGGAUCAGACACAUAUGAAACAUCAUCGUUCCAAGUGAAUCAAAUGAAUCAAACACGCAAUCAAUAAUGUAUAGAUACUGUAGCUAUAGACCAUAUUGACUUUAAACAUUAGGUUUAACCUGUGAGGACAUUUUUAUUUGCUGCUCUAAAAAUACCAAGAUGGUGAAGUUCACAUUGUGACUCAUGCAGUACAAUUUCUCAUGUCUGUGGACCUUGUGUGCUGACUCUUUGCACUUUACCCUCAUACACUCUCAUACUCGCUCAUACACUACAUACUCUCAUACACUCUCAUACUCCACAUACAUUACAUACCCUCAUACACUCUCAUAAACUCUCAUAAACUACAUACUGUCAUAAACUUUACAUACUCUCAUACACUCUCAUAUGCUACAUACACCGAAGGACCCGUUUUGACCCAAAUGGAACAAACCUUGAAAUAGUUACUGAGAGAAAGUUGGCUGGUUUAGUGGUGAUACUAUGCAUGCCGAUACAGUAGUGUAUAAGCAGUACACCAAAAGCGUAAGGUUGUUACAUUACUGCUAAAGUGCUUUGAAUAUGCAUGCUAAUAAUAAUGCCCUGCGUCAAACUGAGAGAUGUUUUUAAUACUGUAGGGUGAUCAGUGCCUCCCGAAUUCCGUACAACAAAUUUCAGCUAGCCAGCGUACACGUGCAGUCGUAUGCCAGUUACCAAUGUUGAUCCUGGAACACACUGUUUACUUGGAAAAAUCCAUGCUUGCAAUAUUAGUGCUAGCUCUACAGUACCGUACCAGCUUUUUCUCAUUCAUUUGUUCCAAAAGGUCCAAUAAAAACUUAAACAUAUGAAAACCAAGACAAAUUUUCCCGUAGGAAAUCACGUAAAUCCAAUUAAUCUGUUCCAGACACCCAAAAAUAUGAAAAAACAAACAUUUUAUAGAGCAUAAAUAUAGUUUCACAUGCAGAAAGCAAUGUGAAAUCUAAAUGAGGAAUGGAUGGAACUUAUUGUUGAUGCAGACUUCCUUCCUGUACAUCCUGGCGAGAUUGAAUUGAAUAAUGUUUCUCACCUUCUUUAUCAAAGUGCUGGCACUCACAACUUCUCUGGCCCCAUGGUGGGUUAUUUUGCAGUCACACUCAAUUUUUUAAAAAAAGCACGGACAGUGGAUGAGCAACGCAUAGGGUGCUUUGUUUGGGCACUCAACUCCGCGGCAACGAGACGGUCAGGGCAAACAGACCAGUUUGUUACGUGAGAACCAAGGAAACAUUUGGGUGAAAAUUUACGAUACAAACCAAACCAUAGGAAAAUGAAAACGUUUGACUGUACACGUAUAAAUAUAGUAGUAUUGUUAAAUGAAUAGCUCUCUGACAGCCUCCAUCGAAGCCAAGGCAGAACGUGAUUAGCUGGCGUACCUAAUGAAAUGGCUGUGGGUGUACGCUGAAGGCCAGGCUGUGCAGAACUUUCCAGAAAGUCACGUCUGACUGGAGAACAAGAAAUCCACGAUGUUCGAUUCCACCCAGCCUGCUCACUCCCGCCCGCCACCCCCCAGAGUAAACAUGCUGAUGGUGCAGCAGAUGCUGAGUAUUUUGGGCGGGUUGCCAUGGUGACACUGAGGUACACGACACACAGUGUGUUCAUUUUGUGUCAAUUAGAAACGAAAACAGCCUGGCUGUAUUUUUGUAGACAAGCCUCAGUUGAAUGAGGUUGACUUUUUCUACUUUGUGCCGACGCCACUUAGGAUGAAAACUUCCACUGACUUUAAUUUCAAGAAAUACAACUUUUAUUUAGGAAUAUUUGCUUUCUUAUUGUGGAAUAGCUCACUUGUGAUUGAAAUGACAAAUGGAAAUACAUGAAAUAAAUCAACAAAGUUGACAUCAAAGUGUCCUGCCUCCUUUUGAAAGAGAAAAGCAACACCUGAAAACGUUUCUUUUGAUGGACAUUUCAAGUCCUUUUUCAAGCUGAAAUGACACACAGCACACGUGCACGCACAUCAGACCACGUGCAAAGCAA